AUGCUUCAGUUUCUUAUUAAAUGGAUCGGAACACUUAACUUAGGAGAGAAGGGAAAAGCUUCAAGCGGAAAGCCUCUACAUUAUAAAGGAAAACCUUUUCACCAUAUAGUAUCUGGAUUCGUAAUCCAAGGAGGAGACUUAAUCCAUGGUGAUGGGAAAGGGAGUGAGUCAAUCUAUGGUGGCACCUUUCCUGAUGAACAUUUCAAAGUAAAGCAUUCACAUGCAGGUGUUGUAGCGAUGGCUAAUACAGGACCUGAUUCUAAUGGCUCACAGUUCUUUAUCACUACUGUCAAGGCUAGCUGGUUGGAAGGGCAAUAUGUUGUGUUUGGGAAGGUUAUACAAGGAAUGUACUAUGUGUUUGCCAUUGAAGGUGGAGCUGGUACUUACAGUGGAAAACCAAGGAAGAAAGUUGUGAUUGCUGAUUCUGGAGAGAUCCCUAAAGACAAAUGGGAUGAAUAG